AUGCUUCCUUCAUCGAAUAGUCGUCUUAAAUAUCGUCAAAUACCAUCAAUCAUUGGCAAUCAUGAAGUGUUAGAUGAACUAGCAAUGAAACCAACCAGUAGUAGAACAUCAAGUCAGUCGCCUAGGACCUCAAAUGAUAAAUGGAAUGAUGACUAUCGAAAAUUACAAAGAUUAACUGCUGACCAAUCAUUAAUUCCAUCUCAAAUUAGAACAUCAAGCCAAUCACCUACAACACGCCAUGAAAAAGGUAACGAUGACCAUCGAGUUUUACGAAAAUCAAUUGUUGAUCAACAACUAAAUGCUUCUCAAUCACGAUCACGAUCACGAUCACGAUCAUCAAGUAUUAAUUCAUUGAGAUCAAUUGUUAUCGAAGGACAAUGGAAAUAUCAACGGCAUGAUGAUGAUCGCCUUCGUCUUAAAUCAAUUGGUAUUGAAAAUUUAGUUGCUAUAUGUUAUGAGAUUAUGAAUGUAACAUUGGAAACUACUCAUCGAAAACAAAAAAAAACAAAAAAAUUAUCAUCGACAAAUUUUCCUUGGCCAAUAGUAGAACUUGAUGAAUACAAAACAUUAAGCAACAAUGACAAGAUAUCGCUACGCCGUGCAGGUCUUCUUAAUCUUGUAACAAUUGUGUACGAGGCUGCUUGGACAAGUGCAUCGAUAUCUCAACUUGUUCGCAUUUGGCGUGAAGCUUCUCGCAGUUCAAAAUCAACUAAGACUAAAAUUCAACCAUUAAUGUCUUAUGAACACGCUUUCGAACAUUUAAUUCAUCAACCUGAUGAUAAAUUGCUGGAAAUAGCACUUCAUGCUUCUUUAAUAAGCAGUCAUAGUCUAUCCGAUUUAAAACGAUUAGGCGAACAAUUAGGUAUUAGAACACAUCAAUUUGAUAUGGGCUCAAUUCAAGAUUCAACAAAACAAUUUCAAAAUCUGAUUAAGUUUUUGCGAGAGCAGAAGUUAGAAGAAAGACGCAAACAGCAAUUUAUUGAUAAAAAUAUAUUACCAUAUGAACCAAAAAGAAAACAAGGCCUUUAUGCAAAUGUUUUGGGUACAAAAUUCGAUUUAAUUCGUCAAGCUGUUCACACAUCCGGUUUUUUCGAAAGCCCAGCGCCUGACUUUACAUGCAAUCUUUUGUGGAAUGAUUCAUUGAUUUCUAUCGAUAUUGUAUCUGCACUUAAGCCUUAUCAGAAAGUAAAUCAUUUUCCAACAACAAUUGAAAUAUCACAUAAAGAUCUGUUGCAAGCAAAUUAUGAUAAACUAUCAAACGUUGUUCCAAGAGAAUAUAAUUUCGCUCCGAAAACUUGGAUAUUAUCAAAGGAGUAUAAUUUGUGGUAUUCGUAUGCAUCUAGUCAACCGAAAAAUAAUCCAUCUGUUUUUAUUGUUAAACCUUCUCAUGCAAAUAUGGAAGAAGGAAUUUCAAUUUAUUGUGAUUAUAAACAGAUUGAACCCAUGGAUAAUUACAUCAUUCAAGAAUACAUACGAGAACCUUAUUUAAUAGAAGGUUUCAAAUUCGAUCUUCAAAUCUAUGUUCUAAUAACUUCAUGCGAUCCUCUACGUGUUUUUUUAUAUAAUGAUGGCCUUGUUCGAAUGAGUCCAAAAAAAUAUAAGAUACCUAAUUCAAAAAAUGCAGCUGAUCUUUCUAUGCAUUUAACACAUUAUUUAAUAAAUAAAAACGAUACAGAUAAUUCUUUCAACACAGAUAUUGGAAAAAGUCAUCGACUAAAAUAUUUAUUUCAAUAUUUAAGAAAUCAAAAUCAAGAUGUAAAUAAAUUACAGAAAGAAAUACAAGACAUUGUAAUAAAAACUAUAUUUCUUGCUGAACCAAAUAUAUUAACUACUUAUCGAACGUGUCGUCCAGGAGCGUUGUCAACAAGUGAAAGUGUUUGCUUUGAACUACUCAGCUUUGAUAUACUAAUUGAUAAAAAAUUAAAGCCUUGGAUUAUUGAAGUUAAUCGUUGUCCAAGUUUUGAUGCUAACAGACAAAUUGAAUUUGAUAUUAAAAUUAAAUUAUUAUUUGAUACAUUAGAUUUACUUCAUUUUCGAGUAUCCGAUCGAAAGAAGAGUAUUGCAAUUGAAAAACUUGAAGCGCAACGUCGAUUGUACGCAAAUAUUGGAAAAUAUAUAAAUAAUCAAACUGAUGAAUUAAGUAAAAUGAAAGAAAUUUUGCAUCUUCUCCGGCAAGAAAAACAACGAGAAGAUUUUGAAAGUCGUCAUUCAAAUGAUUUCAUUCGCUUAUUUCCAGUGAAUGAUCAACAUCGAAUGAAUGAAUUAAUGAAUAUUUUGGCAAAAUGCUUUCAAGUUUUAUGUAAACAUAGAGAUGAUUUAUCAUGGACUACGAAAUAUUACAAUCAAUAUAACGAAGAAGAACUAUUAUAUAAGAUAGUUCAAUUGCAAAAUAUUUAUCAAAGAGAUCUUCAAGAUAGAUCAAAAUUAACUCAUACAUCUAAUGAAAGUGUUGAAUUAAACCAUCUAUCAUCUUCGACUAGUUUUAUUUUUGAGGAAAAUGAAAACGAAAAACAAUUUAAAUUAGACUCAUCAUAUUCUGAUCGGAUUCAAAGAUAUCCAUCGUCAACAAGUGAUACACUGAUGAAAAUAGUAUCAACACAGACGCCAUCGGAUAUUGUUCGAUCAAGCUCGUUAUCAUCAUUAAAUAAGAAGAAACAGCAAUCCAACUCACUUAUUUCAACAGGCAACAUAAGUCGAUCACGAGCAGAAUCAGAUGAAAUUCCACCGGGUGUAUCGGCUAAUCGAAUAACAGAAAAAGAAGCUUAUUCCACACUGCCAGCACCAUCAAAAUAUGCUGAUCAACAACGACUACACUCAUCGAAAACUAAAAACUCAAAUGAUAAAUCUCAAAUAGUUACAUACUCAUCUAUUGUACGCGCAAUGCGACAACAACAACAACAGCAACAAUCAUCAUCAAACAAUCAAUCAGCAGUAAUUGACAUGAAAAAAAAAUUGCAAUUAAAUGAUGACGAUAUAAAUCGUUUGUAUCAAUUAAUACUUGACCAAAUGAAUAAAUUAUGUAUUCAUUAUCCAAAUAAAUCAUAUAAAGAAACAAAUCAUAUUUUUAUUGAGAUAAUGAAAAAUUGGAAUGAAUAUAAAUCUGACAUUGGCAGAUUUUGGUUAGCUGAAUUCGAUGCAAAUAAACGCCAAUCAAUCAUAGAUAUUGUUUGGAAUAAUGUACAACAAAUCAUUAAGAAGCUUUGUAUUUUUGAUGAACUUGCUCAGCAAUUAUCAUUAAAUCGUCAUUUAAUGAAAUUGCAACGACGUUUACUAGCCAAUCAUGGGCAGUGUUUGUGGGAUACAUGUCAAAACAAGCAUAAUUCAUGGGAAUCAUUAUUUGUGAAAAGUACAAAUCAUUUAUCCGAGAUCGAAUUAGAUUGUUGUUAUCGUUUUGUUGAUUUGUGUAAAGAAACUUUAUUUAUUGUUUAUCGAUAUUCAACUGAUGAAAAAAUCUACGAACAAAAAGUAUUUGGUCAAUCAUGA